AUGUCAUUCGAUGAUGUGGAGCUGGUCCAGUACAUGAUGCCAAAUCAACGUCCCGACGGCGGGUUUGAACUCGAGUUUGAUGGUUGGGAAGAGCUGCCAGAGGACCAGCGGGACGCGCUCGUUGAGAAGUUAAAGAUCGGACAACAAAAAGUGAAUGAUGCCGUGCAGUCUCGCCCUAUUGAUGCCGAUCAGCUUGCCGCACGACUUUGCGAGGUCGUGGACAAUCAAGACGCCAUGCCACAAGCCAAGCCCAGACAAUCCCGCUGUUACAGAACACCCACGGAAGAUCUGGACGACCGUACAGAGGAGAAGCGAAACGAGACCAACGCCUACAACUCUCUUGUCAGUGACGGCUGCCGACCAUUAUACCCCAUCAGUCGCCUAGAAGAGGUUUUCAACGGACUGGAGGAAUUUGACGACAUUUUGCAGCCUUGGCUGACCUAUCCGCCGGAUCGGUGUCAAGCGUUCCGGACGCAGUUGCACAGGUGGGACAUGUUUCGUUGUUGGCGGCAAGACAACAGAGAGAUGGACGAGGAAAAGGAGUUUGCUGCUUACGUGGAGGAGCAAAAGCGCCAGAGAGCUGAAGGUACAAAAACGCGUCCGACAGCGAGUCAGUACCUCGAACAACUCAGAAAUUUGUUCCAGAGGAAGCAACGUCAUUACGGCCUUGAUGACGGAGAGGAGGAGUUUGCCGCCUAUGUGGAGGAGAAGAAUCAACGGCAAUUUCGAGUCGACGGCCCGUGGCCGGGAAUGUCCGAACAUGAAUAUGUGCAGAUGCUUGAGACUCAAUUUAAAGACAAGCAGACUAAAGAGGGCAUCGAUGAUGGGGAUGGAGGGUUCGCCGCGUUUGUCGCAGAGACGCAGCGACGAGCCAUGGAGCGUGGACGCACGUGGCCGGGGAUGACGGAGGAUGAGUAUCUUCAGAUGCUCAGGAAAGCGUUCAAUCAGGAAAAAGACCGCCGCUACCGGCAGAAUUUCUACUGGCUACGGGAGGACCAUGGCCGCGGCGGGUUUCCUGAAUACGUUGCAGAAGCCAAGCGUCGGCUCGCUCGGCAUGGCUUCACGAAAGCAUUCGCUUUCGACAAAGACGCGGCCAAACAAGACGGACGGACGACGUGGAUCGAAUACCUCAAUUACGAGUACUCGCGCCUCGACAAGGACACGCGAGCCCUCGCACGCCUCGAGCCAGAUCAUAAUAAAAGCUGGCAAAAGCUUCUGGACUCGGGGGCCUUGCGGGAUGACGAGAAUUAG